CUGUUAGGCCCGAAAAAGACCCAACAAAUCAAAGCAAAUGUUUCGCGCCAGAGAGAGCUGGUUUCGAGCCUUGAACCGAUUUAAAACGAGGUCGUUUUCCGGUAAGCCCACCGCCACCGGCUCAAGCUCAACCAACAAUGGCAAUGGCAGCGAAAAGGCUGAGUCCAGUUUGACCAAGUACGACGAGACGUAUCGGCAGCUUGACAAUCUCGACUUCACGGCUGCCGCCAAAAUCCUCUUCACUCAUCCUCCCAAGAAGAGGAAAUUUGGGAUCGAUUUCCACCUGGUACAACUCUUCUUUGCCUUGAUGCCUUCCUUCGGUAUAACAUUUUACCAGCUUAAACAGAAAUCAUCUUUAAAAAAAAAAAAAAAAAAUCAUUAUGGAAAAUCAUCUUUUGUCUUUGUAAUGCUAGAUAGGCACAAACUGCCUUUGCGUGAAUUGGAGCAGAAAAAGAAGAAAGAAGAAGAAGAAGAGAAAGCGAAAGAGCUGGAAUUAAAAGCUACCCAAGAAAAGGAAGCAGAAUCUGUUCCUGAGCUUUUGGAGGUGAAAACAAGACUAGAGAAACUAGAGGAAACUCUGAAAGAAAUUGUGAUCGAGUCAAAGAAGCAAUCAAGUACUGGAGUGGUGAAAGAACAACAAAAUGGUAACGAGAAAAAACAUCUCGCUGCCGAGACAAGCAGCAGGGACAGUAGAUCCGAAUCAAAUGAAUCCAAAGAGAAAGACCGUCUCAGUGGACAGAAAUCCGCACAGGGUCAGAAAGACAGCAACCAAAGGGGAGGUAUCUCACAAGAUGAUAAAAGGUGA